AUGGGAAAAACGCAAACACGGGAAAAACACGAAUAUGGGAAAAACGCAAAUACAGGAAAAACGCAAAUACGGGAAAAACGCAAAUACGGGAAAAACACAAAUACAGGGAAAAACGCAAAUACGGCAAAAACGCAAAUACGGCAAAAACGCAUUUACGGCAAAAAUGCAAAUAUGGCAAAAACGCAAAUAUGGCAAAAACGCAAAUAUGGCAAAAACGUAAAUAUGGCAAAAACGCACAUAUGGGAAAAACGCAAAUAUGGGAAAAACGCAAAUAUGGGAAAAACGCAAAUGUGGGAAAAACGCAAAUGUGGGAAAAACGCAAAUGUGGGACAAACGCAAAUGUGGGAAAAACGCAAGUGUGGGAAAAACGCAAAUGUGGGAAAAACGCAAAUGUGGGAAAAACGCAAAUGUGGGAAAAAUGCAAAUGUGGGAAAAACGCAAAAAUGGGAAAAAUGUAAAUGUGGGAAAAACGCGAAAAUGGGAAAAACGCAAAUGUGGGAAAAACGCAAAUGUGGGAAAAACGCAAUAGUGGGAAAAACGCAAAUGUGGGAAAAACACAAAUGUGGGAAAAACGCAAAGACGGGAAAAUCGCAAAGACGAGAAAAACGCAAAGCCGCGAAAAACGCAAAGUCGCGAAAAACGCAAAGACGGGAGAAACGCAAAGACGGGAAAAACGCAAAACGGGGAAAAUACAAAUAUGGGACAAACGGAAAUAUGGGACAAACGGAAAUAUGGGACAAACGCAAAUAUGGGCCAAACGCAAAUAAGGGACAAACGCAAACAUGGGACAAACGCAAAUAUGGAGAAGAGAAAUUCAGGGACACAACAUGA